AAAACGUAAAUAAAAAUAAGUUUGUGUACCAGCGGAAUUUGCCGGAGCCGGAAAAAUGAUUCUACAGCAUUUAAUGCAUCACGUACGAAGCCAACUGCAUCCUAUUCUUCGUGUUAGCAGACAAACUUCCUCAAUAACUCCUGCAGUUGUACAACGGUUCCUGUCCACUUCUUCGGUAGCAUGCCGGAAAGCUGUUAUGAAACGAGAAGAAUACUUUCUGAAGAAAGAUAAAAUACCUGCAGGAUUUAAUAUUAUAUAUCGUGCACCUAUGCAGCAUUAUCUUUCCGCAUGUAAUAUUGUUACGUCGUUUAGCUUUCUGGCCAUCAGCGGCAUAAGUGCGCUCACUUUCGUGAAAGACUUUCACAACAUUGUGGUGCCGUUCGAGAUCGAGUUCGCUACACUAACGGCCAACGAGACGGACUUGCUGUACUUUUUGGGAUUUUUCUUUCUCGUAAAUGCUGUCAUUCGCAUCAUGGUGAAUCGAUACCCGUUGAGAAUUUAUCAGAAUGGAAAGCAAUAUCUUGCUGUGUUCGAGGGACAGAUACCCACAGUUACGAAGCAGUUGGAAUUCAAGCAGGGCGAGGUAACUCCCGUACCACCGAGUGGCGUUUUGCCAUGGCAGGACGCGCGGUUUAAAAUCAACGAUAAGCAAGUACUGCUGCUGGAAGACUACUUUCGAACUCCGUCGGACAUGACCGUGAUGAUGAUGCCACCGAAAACAAACGAGGAGUAAUGUACGUAGCGCCAAUUUAUUAUUUAUAGAGUUUCAGACAACCUUAUCGAUAGAACGAAGCGUAAAAUAAAAAACCAACGGUUACUUUGC